AUGGGUAGGGAGGACAAGGCUACUUGGAAGACUAAUUACUUCACCAAAAUUAUCCAACUCUUAGACGAGUAUCCAAAAUGCUUCCUAGUGGGUGCAGACAAUGUUGGUUCAACACAGAUGCAGCAGAUUCGUAUCUCACUGCGUGGUCACAGCAUUGUGCUUAUGGGAAAAAAUACCAUGAUGCGUAAGGCCAUCAAAGAUCACUUGGAGACCAACCCUGCAUUGGAGAAAUUGCUCCCUCACAUCAAGGGCAAUGUUGGCUUUGUAUUCACCCGAGGGGACUUGGUGGAAGUCCGUGAUAAGCUGCUGGAGAACAAAGUGCGAGCUCCUGCCCGUCCUGGUGCCAUUGCACCCUUGUCUGUGGUUAUUCCAGCACACAACACUGGGCUUGGUCCUGAGAAGACCUCUUUCUUCCAGGCACUUUCCAUCCCUACCAAGAUCUCAAAGGGUACCAUUGAAAUCAUCAACGAUGUGCACAUCUUAAAGCCAGGCGACAAGGUGGGCGCCUCAGAAGCCACCCUGCUCAACAUGCUUAACAUCUCUCCAUUCUCAUAUGGUCUCGUGGUCAAACAGGUUUACGAUUCCGGUACCAUCUUUGCCCCUGCCAUCCUUGAUAUCAAGCCAGAGGACCUUCGUGCCAAGUUCAUGGAGGGUGUUGCCAACGUCGCCGCUCUCUCCUUGGCCAUUGGCUACCCAACUGUUGCCUCUGCUCCUCACUCUGUUGCAAAUGGUUUCAAGAACCUGCUUGCUAUUGCUGCCGUCACAGAGGUUGAAUUCAAGGAGGCCACUACCAUCAAAGAGUUCAUUAAGGACCCGAGCAAAUUUGCGGCUGUGGCUGCCGCAGUUGCCCCGGCUGCUGCCGCUCCGGCUGCAGAGAAGAAACAGGAAGAGAAGAAGCCCGAGAAGGAGGAAUCUGAGAGCGACGACGACAUGGGCUUCGGUCUCUUUGACUAA